GAUCUUUACAUCAGUUCUGUACUGGAAGUUUGGUAUUUCUUGGUGCUGAGUGAGAGAGCGUGCAUAUAAGUAGGGGUGUCCAAAGCUUCUAAAAUAGUAAUUGAUUUCAAAGACAUAUCUAAAACAUUCACUUGAAUGAAAUCUGAAAUAAGAUGCCAAAAGUUAUUUUAAGAACAUAAUGCUGUGAAAGCCUGAUAAAGGUGGUGGUUUUGGAAAAAAAAGUGCACAGAAAAAGUAAUAAUUAUUUCAUUCAAACAUUUAUAAAUCAGAAUUAAGAAUAAAAUCGUAAAGUAGAAGGUAAAAACGUAGAUAAGAUGAAGGAAGAAUGCGUGUGAAAUAAGUUUCGUUUUCGUUAGUUGGUCAGCCUGCGAUUUCGCUUUCAAAGAACGCCAGUAGAGAGCAGUUGCAUCCCGUGUAUUCGAUUGUGAAGCAACGUUCACUUGUAAGAAUAGUGAAACAAGCAGGUGUGUGCGCGAAUGGUGAAGUAAUAUUUGAUUAGUGACUUGGAUUAUUCCUUACGUCUCGGCGCACCCCGUAAGGUUAUUGCAUACGGCGGGCAUGCGGCGCGUGAGGAACCUCUGCGUGCUGGCGCACGUGGACGCGGGCAAGACCACGACGACGGAGCGCAUGCUGUACUACGCGGGGGCGACGCGCGCCAUGGGCGAGGUGCACCGCGGCAACACCGUCACGGACCACCUGGAGCAGGAGCGCCGGCGCGGCAUCACCAUCGCCUCGGCGGCCGUCACGCUGGCGUGGCGCGGCCACCGCCUCAACCUGCUCGACACGCCCGGUCACGUCGACUUCACGGCCGAGGUGGGCCAGGCGCUGGCCGCCGCCGACGGCGUGGUCGUCGUGCUGGACGGCUCGGCGGGCGUCGAGGCGCAGACGGUCACCGUGUGGCGCCAGGCGGCCGCGCGCGCGCUCCCGCGCCUCGUCUACGUCAACAAGAUGGACCGCCGCGACGCCGACCUGGCCGCCAGCGUCCACUCCCUGCAGGCCAGGUUAGACCUGCCGGCGCUGCAGCUGCAGCGGCCCGUGCUGGACGGCGGCCUCAAGGCCAUCGUGGACCUGGUGGCCCUGGAGAAGCUCGCCUGGGACCCGGACACGCAGGGCAAGAGGUACUCGGCCGAGAAGCUGUGUCCCCGCGAGCACGGCGGCCUGUGGGAAGACGCCCUGCGCGCCAGGGCCGCCCUGGUGGACGCGCUGGCUGACGCCGACGACGACCUGGCGGAGCUCGUGAUCCGGGAGGAGAGCGUGGACGGCGUGCCCGCGGAGGCGAUCGUCCAGGCGACGAGGAGGGUCACCGGGAAGUGCGCGGGAGUCCCGGUGCUCUGCGGCAGCUCGUACAAGAACAUCGGCGUGCAGCCCCUGCUUGACGCCGUGGUGCGCUACCUGCCCUCGCCCGACGAGAGGAACACGGAGCUGCAGCGGGCGUUCGGCGACCAGCUGUGCGCGCGCGCCUUCAAGGUGGCGCACGACGACCAGAGGAGGGCGGUCACGUACCUGCGGCUGUUCUCCGGGCGGCUCACCAAGGGGCGGCGGCUGUACAACGUGAGCCAGGACAACUCGGAGGUGGCGGGGAAGGUGAUGGAGCCGCACGCGGACAGCGGCGAGGAGGUGGACUGCGUGGAGGCGGGCGGCAUCGCGGCGGUGGCGGGGCUGCGGUGGGCGGCGACGGGCGACCUGCUGGCCGCCAGCGCCGCCGCCGCCGCCGCCGCCAGGAGCGCCCUGCAGAGCGACCUGGGCGAGGAGGCGGCGCGGCGCCUGCUCGCCAACCCGUGGAGCGCGCCGGCGCCGGUGUUCUUCUGCGCGGUGGAGCCCGAGUCGCAGGCGCAGCAGGCGGCGCUGGAGCGAGCCUUGGAGCAGCUGCGGCGCGAGGACCCCAGCCUGCGGGUGCGCGCGGACCAGGACACGGGCCAGACCGUGCUGGGCGGCAUGGGCGAGCUGCACCUGGAGGUGGUGCGCGGCCGCCUGCAGUCGGAGCACGGCCUGCAAGUGGAGCUGGGCGCGCUGCAGAUCGCCUACAAGGAGGCGCUGGCCGGCGAGGCGCGCGACACGCUGGCCGUGAGGCAGCGCAUCGCCGCGGGCACGCACGCCGUCACGCUGGAGCUGUCCGUGCGGCCCCUGGAGCAGGGCGAGGGGGAGGGGGAGCUGGUGCGGCUGGACCGCGGGCCCGACAGCGCGGCCAACACGGCGGCGGUGCGCCCCCGCAGCCUGGCGGCGGUGCGGCGCGGCGUGGAGGCGGCGCUGGCGCGCGGCCCGCGGCUCGGCUGCCCCGUGGCCGCCGCCGCCGUCACGCUGCACUGGUUCGAGGCGACGCGCGGCACGGCGGACACGGUGGUGACGGCGGCGGCGGCGCGGCUGGCGGGGCGGCUGCUGCGCGAGGCGGGCACGCGGCUGCUGGAGCCCGUCAUGCUGCUGGAGGCGGCGCUGCCGGCGGAGGACGAGGCGGGCGCGCGCGCCGUCAUGGCGGACCUGGGGCGGCGGCGCGCGCGGGUGCAGGGCGCGGCGGCGGCGAGGGGCGGCGCGCGGGUCGUCUCGGCGCUGGUGCCGCUGGCCGAGCUGCUGGGCUACUCGCGCGACCUCCGCACCUUCACGUCGGGCGCCGCCUCCUUCACGCUGCAGCUGCACGGCUACGAGCGCAUGGCGGCCCACGACGAGGCGCGCGCUGUCAAGGCCGUCACGGGGCUGGACGAGGCGUGACGCCUCCCGCGCUGUUCUUCUGGCAGUUCCUCCGGCUUGUCGCACGGCGCUCACUGCGUACAAAUAACCUGAAACUACCGCGGGAGCUAUUCAAUGUUAUUUAAUUUCCAUAACUCAGUAGAAAACAAUUUUUUUUUGUUAGUUCGUAGGGUUGGUUAGCUCUGCAUGUUAAACUGCAGUGGAGUUUUUACGCAUCCCGUGUUUAUUCUUAACAUCAAAUAACAUGCCAAAGUAAGUUAGAUACUUCAGUAUAACAAGAAUCUAGUCAAGUAGGCUGUCUUGCAGAAACGUUUCGACAACCCUUUAUUACAAAUCGCAAUUAUUAAUGGUGAUGUUUGAUUUUGAUUUUGUGUUUGUUUGCCGUAGAAUGUAAGUAGUUCCGAUUUUGUGAGAUUAUUUACAUUAAUCCUCACAUCCCGACUUUGUUAUUCUUGGCCAUGUUGUUGUGUAUGUAGUUACAGUGCAAAGUUUCGUUAAAAUAAAGUUUAUUGGAUACUGUUUAGAAUUGAUUUUUUAUUUUUAUUUCUGUGGUGUUGUGAUUACAGGUUAUAGCUUAAAACCUGAGGGGAUUUGAACUGCCACAAAAUAAAGUGUUUAAUUUCGAUAGUCGAAAUUCAUUAUUUUGUAACUUGUCUAAU